UCAACAACUGGUCAGGGAGGAAGAAAAGUGUCAUUUGCUUGUGUGUUAGUUUAGACUGGCUUCAGGGGGACAUUUGUUCUCGUACUUUUAGCUUAAGGUUUGAUAUUUUGAGACAACCACGUCGUAUUCACUUAAUGUUCUAAUAAGCAGCUAUGGGCGAUAAAGUUAUGGAAAGCGGCUAACGUUAGCUCACUGAAUGUAUUUCAGUCAGUUGCAGUUGUCAGAAGUUGGCUAGGCACAAGCUAGCUGCUACGUACUUAGCUAACGUUAGUACAGUGGGGGUUGGUUGCUAUUUAUUGUGAGCGUCUGAUAGCCUGCGGUGGGUUGUGGCCGGCUAUAAAAACAUCACGUCUGUCGAGCGUCUGUAAACCUGCAGAGGGUCCCCGGUUCUGGACGUAAGGAGGUCUUUGAGAUAACCUACAAUGGAUCUGUUUGACAGUCACAGCACAGAGCACGCCAACCUGCCGAGGAACAUGAUUGAGAACAGUAUGUUUGAAGAGGAGCCUGAUGUGGUAGAUUUGGCCAAAGACUCCACUGCCUUUCCGACGUUUCCCGCUCUUGACCCAGAUGAGGUGGCGUAUGAGCCUCGUAGCUCACGGUUACUUGUGCGAGGCCUGGGAGAAAAUGACAUGGACGAGGAUGAGGAGGACUGUGAGUCUUCAGCUCGUCUCCUGGGCAUGUCCUUCAUGAAUCGUAGCUCUGCUCACAGAUCCAGUUCUUCCCCUUAUACCAGACAGGCUCCGCCGAGGUCAUGUUCACGACCCUCAGCCCGUACCAUGGUUGUAUGUGUGUUAUUUCUGGUGAUAGUGGCCUCUAUGACCAUGGUACUGUACUUCUUACCUGGUUGCACUUUUACCAAGGCGGGUUGUCGAAAGCCGAACAAAACCACUCCAGUUGAGCCAAUUUACCCCAUCUCUACAAAUGGUGAACUGUUUCCAUGGGCACAGCUCCGACUACCUUACAGCAUACAUCCUAUCAGCUACGACCUCACUCUGAACCCCAACCUCGAUGACAUGACCUUCACUGGCCAAACUGUUAUCAACAUGACUGUGCUUCACAACACAAAGCGCAUUGUCCUGCACGGUGCCAAUCUUAACAUUACCAAAGCUACCUUCAAGCUGGGUGAUGGCGAGGUCAAGGAUGUGACAGUACUGGAGUACAAACCCAGACAGCAGCUAGCCGUUAAGUUCUCUGAGGAGUUGAAGGCAGGCCAAUACUGUGUUCUAACUCUGGAUUACUCUGCAACCCUCUCACACACCUAUGAUGGUUUCUACAAUAGUUCAUACACUGAUAAAGAUGGAAACAGAAGGGUCCUAGCAGCAACACAGUUUGAGCCACUGUAUGCCAGGAAGGCCUUCCCUUGUUUUGAUGAGCCAUCUUUCAAGGCCACUUUCCUGAUUAAAAUCAGCAGAAAGCAAGACUACAUGACUCUUUCCAACAUGCCUAAGGCUAAAUCAACACUACUUCCCAAUGGCCUUGUGCAAGAUGAGUUUGAAAGGACCAGCGUCAAAAUGAGCACCUAUCUAGUUGCCUUCAUCGUUUCUAACUUCACCCCCAUUAGCAAAAAUGUUUCGAACACCUUGGUGUCUGUCUACUCUGUGCCAGAGAAAAAGGAGCACACUGACUAUGCUCUGGAUACAGCUUCCAAACUGCUGGAGUUUUACAAUAGCUUCUUCGAAAUUGAAUACCCCCUCAAAAAACUAGACUUAGUAGCCAUCCCAGACUUCUUGGCAGGAGCCAUGGAGAACUGGGGUCUCAUCACUUUUCGGGAGACAACCCUGCUGGUGGGCAAAGAGUCCUCUCCACUGGAAAAACAAGUAGUUGCCUCUGUCAUAGCACAUGAGCUCGCUCACCAGUGGUUUGGAAACCUGGUAACUAUGAGCUGGUGGAAUGACCUGUGGCUCAAUGAGGGCUUUGCCACUUACAUGCAGUAUAUGUCACUGCAGACAGUGUUGCCACAGCUGGACACUGGUAAUUUAUUCCUAUCAGUGCGGUUUAGAGCCAUGGACAAAGAUGCACUUAACUCGUCCCACUCUGUGUCGACAGAGGUUAAUACUCCGGAACAAGUGGAAGAGAUGUUUGAUUCUGUGUCCUACGAAAAGGGUGCAUCUAUUCUUCUGAUGCUGAACACUUCCCUACCAGGAGAUCAGCAGUUCAGAAAGGGCAUCAUUGAAUACCUAAAGGAGUUCAGUGGGGCGAAUACAGACACUGAUGACCUCUGGAACAGCCUCACAAAGGUCGAGGUUUCCACACAUCACCAGAAUGUUUCAGAGAUGAUGAACUCAUGGACAUCACAGAAAGGUUUCCCACUGGUCACUGUGAGCCGCAACGGAGAUGAAGUGAACCUCACGCAAGAGCACUUCCUGCUCACAUCUGAGAAUGCCACGCAUGCUUCCAGCUUGUGGAAUAUUCCAGUGACAUACGUAAACGACAGCUGUAGUUUGGCUCCUGAGUGCAGACAGGUAUUCAAUUUGAAGACCAAGUCAGGCACGCUUAAGGUUCCAAAAAGUGUAAAGUGGCUCAAGUUGAACUACAGAAACACAGGCUUCUACAUUGUCCACUAUGGAAAUGAGGGCUGGGCAGCUCUUAUAGAUGCCUUGUCCAAAAAUGUCAGUGUUCUUACACAUGAGGACCGUGCAUCGCUUAUACAUAACAUCUUUGCACUCUCCAGAUUUGGACGUGUAUCCUUCCAACAAGUCCUCAACGUGUUGGAGUAUAUGCCCAGUGAAACUGAGUCUGCUCCUGUGACAGAGGCCCUAUUACAGCUCAACAGGAUUUACAGGCUGCUCGACAAAAGACAGGAGUCUGGUCUUGUGGCCCGCAUGAGGAGCUAUAUUUUGAUGCAUUUUGGCUCUCUGAUGAAGAGUCAAACAUGGGGAGAGGAGAAGAGUGUCUCCAAACAGGAGCUGCGCUCAUCCCUACUGGGGAUGGCCUGCAGUAUGAAAGAAGAAAAUUGCACACAGCAAGCAAAAUCCCUCUUCAAACAGUAUGUUGACUCCAAUGAGACCUUUAGGAUUCCAGGUGAUCUGCAGCAUGUUGUCUUCUCAGUGGCAGCUCAGUCAGAUAAAGACUGGACGACUUUGCACAGCAUGUAUGAACGUGUCGCCUAUGAUGCAGAGAAACGAAAAAUUCUGCAGGCCCUAGCAUCCACUGAGGACACAAGACGUUUAGUGUGGGUUCUGAAGGCAGGUCUGGAGGGGGAUAUCAUCCAGACGCAGGACUUGCCUCUCAUCAUCAGCACUGUGUGUAAUGGAUUUGCUGGCUAUUUGUUUGCCUGGGAUUUUAUACAAGAGAACUGGGACCGCCUCAUAGAGAAGUUUCCUGUGGGCUCCUUUGCUAUCCAGACAAUCAUCAAAUCUGCUACCUCCCAGUUCUCCACACAGGCACACCUUAAUCAAGUGCAGGCUUUCUUCUCCAGUCUGAAGGAGCGUGGCUCUCAGAUGAGGAGUGUGCAGGAAGCUUUGGAAACCAUCAGACUGAACCAGCGCUGGAUGGACGAGAACCUGCCCACACUUCGAAAAAGGCUGUAACGUAGGCGCUACAUCCAGUCUACACGCAAAGGGGGUGUGUCUUUAAGACAACAGCAGUGUUUGCACUAUUGUAGGACUGUGUCUCAUAACUCCCUUUAUCCAGGCCAGAGUAUUAAUCAACAACAGAGGUUGUGCUCUGGGUGGGUGGACAGGGUGUUUGAUGUUUUGAGAUUGGUCCUGUCAGUUGUACUUGAUCCCUCAGGGUGGCUUUGAUUGUGUGUCUGACAGGGUGUUGUCAGAUGCAACACACACUCAUGUUUUAUGCUGUUGACCAAACCUCCUCUGCAGUUCUCAUCUGAACCUCAUGCCUGAGCAGACAAUCAUGCUUCACCUGCAGUCCUUUAGUCCAGCUGGAUCUCAGACACCUAACUGUAUGAGCUGUGUAAUGGCCACUUCAAAAAUCAAAAUUAUGAUGAAUGUAAACAUUACUGUGUAUGUGAGUACUGUCAGUCGUAUGCGAAGAUGCAGCUCUAAGGGAAUCCUCAGUAAGGAUAAAUUGAAAAUAAUGCUACUUGAGGGAAGGAAUUGGUGUUACCUAACCAUUUAUCUCUGUGCUAUGAAAAUCAGUGUAGAAAUAAUAUAAUUGUAGUCUGUACUAGUUUUUAUGCAACCUGAAGCAUUUGCUAUAUUAGUCAUGGUUGGACUAGAAGAUUGGUUGAUUGAUCGAUAGCUUCAAAUACCAAACUUGUGUUGGCAUCAAUUGAAUGUACUGAAAAACCUUCCCACUGUGUACUGUAGACAAUGUACAGAAGAAAACAGUGCAGGUUUAAAUCAACAACCAAUGUGUCUUAGGUGAGAGCAGACAGUGCACACUGGAGCCAAAUGUUAAUUCUUUUCUUCCUCUACCAGCCAUAAACACAGUUUUACUCCAAUCAACAAGGUUUAUUUUGGUUGCUUUUGCCUGCUGUGCAGUAACUGUAAAGCGUCACUCUUUAACUCUAUGCGCGCUUGUAAAGUUGUAAUUAUAAUGUAAAUAUGCCCAACCCCUUAGCCUUUUCCCCUGCGAUUUUGGAUGUACUAUUUUAAACAUCUUGACUUUAAACAUUUUAGGAUUUGCUUUCUGUUGUGUAUAUAGAGUGUAAAGAGGAAAUGUAUACAUAGAAUUGAUCAAGAGCCUUGGUCAAAACUUUUUACUGUAUUUACUGAUUUAGACAACCAUGAAGAGAUCCCUUUGCUAAUGAAUGUUGUGUUUUAAGGGCUAUUGUGCAUAUUGAAGAUAUAAAGUAUAUAGAAGAAUGUCUAUGUUGAUAAUCUGUCCAGUAAGCUGUUGCUUAGCAGCCAAAAAAUGCAGUUUUAAGUUACUCCAGUGUUAGAGACUGCAAUGAUGAAUGAAGAGUAGGCUAGCUGUUUGUUGUCUGAUGUCCCCUACUUAUGCUCCAAGGUGUUAUUUAAAUGCAGCUGUGCACCGAUUUAGCUUUAUUUUAAAGUAAACGUGGUACUUAUUUAAUCCAUUACUUGUCAUGAUCCUGAUGUCAAUAGAUCUGAAAAUUGUUUGGUUUUUGGACAUCCUGGUUACCUUCAUCAGACUUGGAUUUCUUUGGUCAGUCUUAUUGUUGAAGCCUUUGUGUCUCAUUUGUGUAUAAAUCACAUUGAUACAAGGAGAAGUGAUGACUGUUACAAAUGAAACGGAGGAGAUCUGUGUGUGUACAGGUUUGGGUGGCUUGGUUUUGUGUUUAGAGAGCGCACAAAGAUGGGAGCACUGGUGAGGGAUCAUGUGCUUAAUUUUGCAGUAGUGACUCCCAGUGGUUGGUCAGGGCAGCUACAUGUAUCUGGGAUGAUUAAAUGAACCUUGUUGGAUGUUAGCAAGGCUGAAGAAAACACAAAGUGACACUCUGGGUACUGGAGGCGGCACCAGCUGAUCGACCCUCUUCCUAGGUUAACAGUGUUGGAUCAGUUUGAAGAGUCACAGUACAGAGAACUGCACUGGGGAUAGGUGUUGUAAUAAUCAGAAUUAUCUUUACUUAAGGAAUCUUGUUUUUUAUAUAUCUCUCCACAGAUUAUGAACAAUAUUGCCCCUUGCCAUGUUCCAUUCUGGCCAUCUUAAUUUCACAGACUAUGUGAUUAUGUGCUUGACUGGUAUUUACUUUUAUACCAGCUAACUGUAGACUCUAUUGUUUGUGUUGUUUUGGGAAGUAUUCCUUAAUCAGCCCAUGGAGUUUUAUUUGGAUGUCAUAUUUCAGUCAACUUCUACCAGUGAUGUGAUGUGAUAAGAGGACUGUAGAGUACCACAUGUGCAGUAAGCCCGGUCAGAUUGUUUUUGUUUUUGCACUGGGAUGAAAGGCUGUAGAUGCUGUAGAUGCUCUCCAUGUGAAUGAAAUAUAAAGAAUUCUUGUUUUCUGAAAA